AUGUCCCAAGAUAACUCUGAUAUUAACAUAAAUGAUGAAAAAAAUGAAUAUAACGAUGAAGAUAUAAAAGAAUAUUAUAAUGAAUUUAAGAAAAGGGAACAUGUUUAUCUAGCGUGCAUAUCUUCUCUUGAAAAAGAAGUGUGUCGGAUUCACACCUAUCUUAAUGAAUGGAGAAGCAUGCAUAGUUAUGAAGAUGAAGAAAAGAAAUCGAGCACAGGAAAAAGUACAGUGAACAUAAAUUCCUUGCGAAAUAUAUUAAUUGAUCCUUGUAUAAAUUUAGAGAUAAAGGAACUAAGACAUAAAAUUUAUGAAAUUACGAAAAAAUGUAAUAUAGCUGAAGAAAAACUUCAAGGAUGUAAUUUUGAUGCUCAGUCAAUAGCUGGACAAAGAUUAAUAAAUAAAUGUAAAAAAUUACAAGAAGAAAAUUAUGAAUUAGGAAAAACAAUAGAAGAGAAUAAUUUACAAUCCUUAAGUAUACAGAUUACCAAAUUAAAACAACAUAUAGUUUUUUAUAAGAACGAAUUAAGAGUUUUAAAAGAAUUAAAUGCAGAUAUUGAUGAAGAUAAUGAAUUACUAAGUCAACAACUUUCUGAAAUUACAAAAAAAUAUACACUAUUAAGUGAGGAGAAAAUGGAAUUACAAAAAAAUAAUGACGAAUUAAAUAAUUAUAUAAAAACUCUUAAGUUAAAAUAUAAUGAAUCAUAUAAUGAUAUACAAAAAGAUUAUCAUAAAAAUAGUUAUAGUAAUAUAAAUAUUAGUAAGAAAAAAAGAAAUCAUAAUAUUUUUUCUUAUCAAAAUGACAAUCAAGAAAAUAAUCUACAUUAUGAAAAUGUUAUUAAAGGUGUAGACAAUUUAAAUAAUGAAUAUAAUUUUAAAUAUUAUGAUUAUGAUAAUAAUUCAAAACAUGAAUAUAGUAAUAAAUAUGGUCCACAUUCAAAAUAUAAUAAACAUCAUAGUAAUAAAUAUGAUAAAUAUGAUCAACAUAAUAAUAUGUAUGAUUAUAAUAAUAAUAAUAAUAAUAGUAAUGCCUAUGAACAUAACAACAAGUAUGAUCAAUAUAAUAAUACCUAUGAUUAUAAUAAUAAAUAUGAACCACAAAGAUAUGAAGAAUAUAGACAUAACAAAGAUGAAAGAUAUAACAAUGAACAAGAUCCAAAAACAGAACCACAAUCAAACAUUAAUUAUGAUAAAGAUAAUAACAGCGGUCGAAAAAGAAAUUCAAUCGACAGUAGCAGGGAUAGGAAAUAUCGAAAGGUAGACAAACAAGCUUAUAAAGACAAAAAGUAUGAAAAAUAUAAAUUGAAAGAUAAAGAAAAACAUAGAAAAGAAAAAACAAGAGAUAAGGAUAGAGAAAGGGAUAAAGAAAGGGACAAAGAUAGGGAUAAAGAUAGAGACAAAGAUAGGGAUAAAGAUAGGGACAAAGAUAGGGACAAAGAUAGAGAUAAAGAAAGAAAUAAGGAUAAAGAAAGGAACAAAGAGAAAGAUAGACACAAAGAUAGAAAUAAAGAUAAAAAUAAAAACAAAUAUAAAACAAAAUCAAAAAUGAAAAGUAAAAGAGGUGGAAAUUAUGACGAUGAAGAAGAUUAUGAUAGUAGUACUUAUUCUGAUAGAAAAAAAAAAGUUAAAAAUUAUGAUGAUGAAGAAUAUGAAGAUUUCUCAAGAGGUGGAAAUAAAUAUGAUAAUACGGUUACAUCCAAAAAUGAUGACAUGAAAGAUGCAACAAGUGAACAUGAUAGGUAUGUGUAUAUGCAUUAA